AUUAUAGACAUGAGCCACUGUGCCCAGCCUAAGCUGAAUUUCUGUAUGAAAUUUUUCUAUUUUAAAGCUUUGGCUGAAUUUUUACAAUCUGAGUAGCUCAAAUAAAACUAAUUUGGGGGACAAACUAGUUUUCAGGUCAUGAAUUUGAAGUCUCUAAUACAUAUUGGGACAAGUUGGCAUAUGGAUGGGCCUGCGAAGCAUCUCCCAGAGGGCUGGUGUGGUGUGGGAAUCCUAGGGAAAACUGUGUGUGGAGGGGACUGUUUAUGUUUAUCCUUGCAUAUGGAUAUGGAGUAGCCCAAGAUAUAUGUGUAAAGUAAAAAGCAAGUUAUAGAAUGAUAUGUACAAUUUUAUUCUGUUUAUGUUAGUUUUUUUCUAAAAAGAUGUGUAUAUAAAAUUUUGAGUAUAUAAAAAUUUCAUAAAUGAAGAACUCAAAAAGGAUAUACAAGAAACUGGUAAAGGUAGUUGCCCCUGGGAUUGAUACUGAAUUGGAGGGAGGAAAAGGAACUGCUUUUGAGUUUAUACCCUUCUGUAGCAUGCAGUACUUAAAUAAUUUUUGAAAAGUAAAAUGAAAAGAGCUGUUGGGAGGUAUAAUUCCUAUAUAUUGCAAUUGAGGAGUCUUGCUAUAUAUGAAUAGUGAAGUGUAUAAGCCUUCAGUGCUAAGAAUGUUGAGGAAGGAAGGAUAUCAGAGUGGUCUGGAGUGAUCAGGAAGGGCUACUUGGAAGAGAAGGAGCCUUGAAGAUUGGGCACAGAUCCUUAGGGAAGUGGACAGCAGGAGCCAAAGCCCAGAGGUAGAAAAGAGAAGGCGACUUGGGGACUGGUGGGCAGUUAAAUUUGGCAGAAGCCAAGAGUAUUGGCAAGCAGUGAGAGAUAAAGAGUUUAACACUGAGGAGCCAUGGAGGGUGUUUAGGCAGGAGAUAAUGGGACAAGAGCAGUGCCCCAGCAUGCUUAAACUGGCAACAAGGAUGAGGGAAUUUGUAGACAAAGCCACAGGGUGGCAGCCUCUCAUGUGGUUCCUUCUGGCUCCCAAAAUAGUUGUCACUAAUUCCUGCUAGGGUGUUUCCUGGUGAACAAGGAUUAUUCCUGUAUAACUGAUGAAUAAACUCCUGGCAUUUCCUGUUCUUCCACUUUCCAGAGUGUGAGUCUUGGAAGCUUGCCAACCUCUGCUGGUGCUCGAUGUGGUUUCUCUACUUCCAAAGCCAGUAUCUCUCCCAAGGCAUUUUGGAGGCUCUAUGGAGCAACUAGCCAUUGACUGACAUGCAGCCACUAGAAACAAGCCCACACUUUGGAGUUAGGCAGAUCUGGAUUUGAAUUUUGACCUUGCCACUUGCUUAUUCUAUGAUUUCAGAAUGUCCCUUGACUCCUUUGGGCCUCAAUUCCUCGCUUGCAAAAUGAAGAUAAUAUGAUUUACCUUCUAGGGUGUUAAGGGUAUUAUGCCUUUUAGGUUGAUACAUAGCAAGUAGGUCUUCUUUGCUUUUCUAUGACAAUACCCACUCUGAGCUCUAUGUGUAUGUAUAUAUGUGUGUGUGUGUGUGUGUGUGUGUGUGUAUAUAUAUAUAUAUAUAUAUAUAUUUAUACAUACUUAGUGUUGGACGCGUGGGCUUUGUGCUCUUAAACCUAAUCAAGUCUUUAUAGUGAUUGACUUGUGAUUAUGUGAUUGAUUAGGCUUUGUCUGUAGGCUCGGGAAUACCUCUUCUGUGACCAAAACAGUUCUGUCCAAGCAGAUGCCCUUGUUAGGAUGGUUUGUGAGUUAUUCAUUCAUUCGUUCUGCUAUAUUAUAUUAUAGUAAUUGACUAUAUAUUGAUUCUGCUAUAUCAUAUUAUAGUGAUUGACUUGUGAUUAUGUGAUUGAUUAGGCUAUGUUUGUAGACUAGGGUAUACCUCUUCUGUGACCAAAACAGUUCUGUCCAAGCAAAUGCCCUCUGUCAGGAUGGCUUAUGAGUCAUUAUUCAUUCUGCUAUGGUAGAUCAAUAUUUUGUAGGGUUUGAUGUUUAGUAAGAUAAUUUGGGAAGCCUUCUUUACAAAUAUAUAAAAUUGCAGAAAGCAUGUAAACACAUUGGUAGGGCUCUUCCUGGGGCCCUGGAGGGGGCUUGUGAAAAUGAGAAGCCCUAAAGCUUGAGCUUUAUGGUUUCACAGUAAAUCAUCUCCACGUUUAAAGAUUUAUAGAACAUUCACUACAGGUAGUAUUAGAAGUUAUGAAGGAUAUGGAGGUUUCUAAAAGAGAAAAGAUGGAUCCAAGUUUUAGUAAUAUAGUCAUCCUACAUAGACUCAGGACAAAAUCCCCUUUAUUUUUUUCAUUCAACAAAUAUUUAUGGAGUACCUACUAUGUGCUAGCUAAGCCCUGGAACAUAGCUGUGAAAACACUAGUCUGCCCUGUGGAGCUCAUAUUCAAGUGUUACCUGCAUCGUGACUUGUAGACCUACGUAGGUUGCAAUGAAAAGAGCCACAGUGUUGAUCUGUGACUUUGGUGCCUGGUUUCUCUUUUUAAUCCCUCUGCCCUUUUCAGGCCUGUUCUGGGAGUGAGUGCCACAUGGUUAAAUUGGUGCUGAAAGAACCUUAGCCAUCCCAAGCAGUGAUGAAAGAAUCAUUAUUACCAGGGAAAGUGGGUUUGCUGACUUGUAACAUUCAAACCCUUCCCUGCCCUGACUGGUAUGAAAUAUUGAUAAGGAGUCAUUGUUUCUUCACCAAAGAUAGGCUCUGUUUUGGGGCUAACUUCAGCUCGGUAUGGCAGGCAAACCUGAAUGAGCAAUUUGUUCUGACUCCAGAGCUGUAGGUAGGGGUGUUUCUUUAUGUCUUGGCUCUAGAGGGGCAGCCAAUGCCACAGUCUCAAAGAACAGAAGAAUUGGAUUCUAGAGAUGUAAAGGGCUUGCCUGGUUGUUUACCUUUAGCCACUGCUCCCCUUGGCCACAGUGGGGCAGUGACUCAGAGCUGGAACUAUGUUCCUGCCUGGUUGCCAGAUUUUGGUGGGGGGUGGAGAGGAAGGAGGAUGAAUGAGCAGGAGCAAGUGGCUGCUGGAUUUGCAGCGCCUUGGGAGACAGCUGCUCAAGAACUGAAAUUGAAAGAGAGCAGGCAGGCUGGGAGUCUCCCUCCCUGUCUGACCUGAACCUGAUUUUGUAAGGCUCCACAGCUGGGGAAGACACUAUCUGAACAUGGAGCCCAAAGGGAGAGUGAGUGUGUCAGCUGCCUUUUCCAGAAAGAACAAGAGAGCAGCCAUAACCUGCAGACCACAGCGUUCAGGCAUCCUGUGACGGGGCAGUUUUCUCCAGAAAAUAGUGAAUUCAUUCUUCAAGAAGAGCCGAAUCCACAUAUGUCGAAGCAGGACAGAAACCAAAGACCGUCCAGCAUGGUCAGUGAAACAUCCACGGCUGGGACCGCCUCCACCCUAGAGGCCAAGCCUGGACCCAAGAUCAUAAAGUCCAGCAAUAAAGUCCACAGCUUUGGGAAGAGAGACCAGGCCAUUCGGAGGAACCCCAACGUUCCUGUGGUGGUGAGGGGCUGGCUGCACAAGCAGGACAGUUCUGGGAUGAGGCUGUGGAAAAGGAGGUGGUUUGUGCUUGCCGAUUACUGCUUAUUUUACUAUAAAGACAGCCGAGAAGAAGCAGUCCUUGGGAGCAUUCCCUUGCCCAGCUACGUGAUCUCGCCUGUGGCCCCUGAGGAUCGCAUAAGCCGCAAAUACUCCUUUAAGGCUGUGCACACGGGGAUGCGAGCGCUCAUCUAUAACAGCUCCACAGCAGGCUCUCAGGCCGAGCAGUCGGGCAUGAGGACCUACUACUUCAGUGCCGACACCCAGGAGGACAUGAAUGCUUGGGUCAGGGCCAUGAACCAGGCUGCACAGGUGCUGUCUCGAUCAUCACUGAAGAGGGACAUGGAGAAGGCGGAGCGGCAGGCUGUCCCCCAGGCCAACCACACAGAGUCCUGUCAUGAGUGUGGCCGGGUGGGACCCGGACAUACGAGAGAUUGUCCUCAUCGUGGUCAUGACGACUUUGUCAACUUCGAGAGACAAGAGCAGGAGGAAGAGCGGUACCGUUCCCAGAGGGACCCGCUGGAGGGCAAGCGGGACCGAAGCAAGGCCAGGUCUCCAUACUCGCCGGCCGAGGAGGAUGCUUUGUUUGUGGAUUUACCCACUGGCCCAAGAGGCCAGCAGGCACAGCCCCAGCGGGCAGAAAAGAAUGGCGUGCUGCCUGCCUCAUAUGGCCCAGGAGAGCAGAACGGGACUAGUGGGUACCAGCGGGCCUUUCCUCCCAGGACCAAUCCUGAAAAGCACAGCCAAAGGAAGAGCAACCUGGCCCAGGUGGAGCACUGGGCAAGGGCCCAGAAGGGGGACAGCAGGAGCCUUCCCUUGGACCAGACGCUUCCUCGCCAGGGUCCUGGCCAAUCCCUGUCCUUCCCAGAAAACUACCAGACUCUUCCCAGGAGCACCCGACACCCAUCAGGGAGCUCCUCACCACCUCCCCGAAACCUGCCAAGUGACUACAAGUAUGCGCAGGACCGAGCCAGCCACCUGAAGAUGUCGAGUGAAGAGCGCCGGGCACACCGGGAUGGCACUGUGUGGCAGCUCUAUGAGUGGCAGCAGCGCCAGCAAUUCCGGCAUGGCAGCCCCACAGCGCCCAUCUGCCUCGGCUCCCCAGAGUUCACCGACCAGGGCCGAAGCAGGAGCAUGCUAGAGGUGCCCCGCUCCAUCUCUGUGCCUCCAUCUCCCUCAGACAUCCCUCCCCCGGGACCCCCGAGGGUCUUCCCACCCCGGCGGCCACACACGCCAGCAGAGAGGGUCACGGUGAAGCCACCAGACCAGAGGAGGAGUGUGGACAUCUCACUGGGGGAUUCUCCCAGGAAGGCACGGGGCCACACUGUCAAGAACUCAUCUCACGUGGACCGACGUUCCAUGCCCUCCAUGGGUUACAUGACCCACACUGUCAGUGCUCCCAGUUUACAUGGAAAAUCGGCUGAUGAUACCUACCUCCAGCUGAAGAAAGACCUGGAGUACCUGGAUCUAAAGAUUAAAAAUAAUGAACCUUUGAUCAACGUGCUUUACAAAGUGCUGAAGAAGUCAGCACGGGGCUGUCGGCCCAGGAGAAGCAUGACAGGCCGGGACCUUCUUAAGGAUCGAAGUCUGAAGCCUGUGAAGAUCGCGGAGAGCGACAUUGAUGUCAAACUGAGCAUUUUCUGCGAACAAGACAGGAUCCUCCAGGACUUGGAAGACAAGAUACGAGCCCUUAAGGAGAACAAAGACCAGCUAGAAUCCGUGCUGGAGGUAUUGCACAGACAGAUGGAGCAGUACCGAGACCAGCCCCAGCAUUUGGAGAAGAUUGCCUACCAGCAAAAGUUGCUGCAGGAAGACCUGGUCCAUAUCCGAGCUGAGCUCUCCAGAGAGUCCACUGAGAUGGAAAAUGCUUGGAACGAAUACCUGAAGUUGGAGAAUGAUGUGGAACAGCUGAAGCAGACCCUGCAGGAGCAACACAGAAGAGCCUUUUUUUUCCAGGAGAAAUCGCAGAUACAGAAAGAUCUAUGGAGAAUUGAAGAUGUCAUUGCAGGCCUGAGUGCAAAUAAAGAGAACUUCAGAAUCCUUGUGGAGUCGGUCAAAAAUCCAGAGAGAAAAACGGUGCCUUUGUUUCCACACCCGCCUGUGCCUUCACUCUCAACUUCUGAGAGCAAGCCUCCCCCACAGCCCAGUCCUCCCACCAGCCCUGUGCGGACCCCUCUGGAGGUUCGACUCUUCCCCCAGCUGCAAACCUACGUGCCGUACCGACCUCACCCACCCCAGCUGAGGAAAGUGACAUCCCCCCUUCAGUCACCAACUAAGACGAAGCCCAAAGUUCAGGAAGAUGAAGCACCUCCCAGGCCCCCACUCCCUGAGCUCUACAGCCCAGAGGACCAGCCCCCAGCUGUGCCACCUCUCCCCAGAGAGGCCACCAUCAUCCGGCACACGUCUGUGCGGGGCCUCAAGCGGCAGUCGGACGAGAGGAAGCGAGACCGGGAGCUGGGGCAGUGUGUGAAUGGGGACUCCAGAGUGGAGCUGCGGUCGUACGUCAGUGAGCCUGAGCUGGCGACCCUCAGCGGGGACAUGGCCCAACCCUCCCUUGGACUUGUGGGCCCUGAUAGCGGGUACCAGACGCUGCCAGGCAGAGGGCUCUCAGGGUCCACGUCAAGACUCCAGCAGUCAUCCACCAUUGCUCCCUAUGUCACACUCCGGAGGGGUCUCAAUGCAGAAAGCAGCAAGGCAACCUUCCCUAGACCCAAGAGUGCCUUGGAGCGCCUGUACUCAGGAGACCACCAGCGGGGCAAGAUGAGUGCGGAGGAGCAACUAGAACGCAUGAAGCGGCACCAGAAGGCCCUGGUCCGAGAGCGCAAGAGGACGCUGGGCCAAGCGGAGAGGACGGGCCUGCCCUCAUCUCGCUACCUCAGCCGGCCGCUCCCAGGAGAUCUUGGCUCAUGGAAGCGUGAGCAGGACUUUGACCUGCAGUUGCUGGAACGGGUCGUGCAAGGGGAAAGAAAGGACAAGGAGGAGAAUGGCUGGUUGAAAGUGCAGGCCAUGCCUGUCACUGAGUUGGACCUGGAGCCUCAAGACUAUGACUUGGACAUCAGCAGAGAGCUGUCCAAACCAGAGAAGGUAUCAAUCCCUGAGCGUUACGUGGAGCUAGAUCCUGAAGAGCCACCCAGCCUUGAGGAGCUACAAGCGCGGUACCGCAAAGCCGAGAAGAUCCGCAAUAUCCUCGCCCGGUCAAGCAUGUGCAACCUGCAGCCGACCUCAGGCCAGGACCGGAACAGUGUGGCCGACCUGGACUUGAAGCUGCAGGAGCAGGAACGCAUCAUCAACAUCUCCUACGCCCUGGCCUCCGAGGCCUCCCAGCGCAGCAAGCAGGUGGCAGCACAGCAGCUGGCCCUCCUCCUGCCUAAAAGCCCCCUGUCUUCCAGGACGGUGCCACCUUACCCCCCUUUAACCAACGGACUCCACUACACCUUUGUCUAACACCUUCCAACCCAGGCAGUGACUGACCCGUGACCCAGUAUACAGAGAAGCCUAGAGCCCGGGGCCCAGUGGAACCAGCUUCCUCCAAGGAGAUCAACCUUUCUGCCCCCAAGGAAACUGCCUCCGGCUGGGCAGGGAAUCUGGCUGGAGGAAGGAGCAGCUUACUGACUGCGGGUGUCCACCACAGGCGAGGCCCUAACACGCAUUCACUAGUUUAGCUCAGACUCCUCUCUACAUAUGAAUGGCAAAGGCACUUUUGAUACACACUGUAAAAUAUACUGUAUUUUAAAAUUGGAAUCUCUUUUCUAAUGUUCACCUCAAGGGCUGAGUGGCAGGGAGGGUGAGGAUGCAGGACUUUGCAGCUGCACCUACAGAUUCAGGUACUUUUGGGUGACAGGUGUGGGUGGGGGAAAGGGCGGGGCAAGCAGAGGACAGUUCAACUUCCAAUGACCUCAAGAGAAAGUGGGAUUUGAAGAGGCAUUCCCAGUGGAUUCCAGCGUUAGGCUGGUUGGCAUGCUGUCUAGGAGAAGAAGGGCCCUUGGCUGCAGAGAUCAGCUGUCCCUGACCUGAUGACCAGCUCUAUGUGAAACUCCACCAGAAUGGCACGUGGAGCCCAAGUCUGCAUCUUGGCCCUUGGGUUUGGCUUAGGGGCAACAGUGUGUUCAAAAGCACUGGGGCCCACAACCUGCCCACAGGCUUCCCUCAGCAAAGGGCUCUUAUCAGAAAGAAAAAAGCAGUUUGCUUUCAUUGUUUUUUGAUACGGAGUUUUACUGUUGUUGCCCAGGCUGGAAUACAAUGGUGCUAUCUCAGCUCACCGCAACCUCUGCCUCCUGGGUUCAAGGGAUUCUCCUGCCUCAGCCUUCCGAAUAACUGGGAUUAUAGGCAUGUGCCACCACGCCCAGCUAAUUUUGUAUUUUUAGUAGAGACAGAGUUUUUCCAUGUUGGUCAGGCUGGUCUUGAACUCCUGACCUCAGGUGAUCUACCUGCCUCAGCCUCCCAAAGUGCUGGAAUUACAGGUAUGAGCCACCGCACCCAGCCUGCUUUCAUUUUUAACAGUACACAAUGAAGUACAGAAAAGUUGAGAGGAAGCAACUUUCAUUGUAUCAUAGCAAUAAACUCCACACUGGGUGACAUCUACCUAGAAAUCCCUUCCCUCCAACCAGGCCAUGUUGGGAACUUUCUCUGCCUGCCCUUGGAAAACCCCGGUUGGCUUCCCUAGGACUCAGGUCUGGUGGCAGGAGGGCAGCAGUGUGCCCCCACCAUCCCUGAUGGCCUGCUGCUGGCAGGGCCAUAAUGGCAGGACUUGACUUCCAGCCCCACAUGAGAAGGGGAGGCUACCAAGCCAGGUGCAGUGUUUGUGGCCCUUUAUUUAAGUUGUGUUCUUAUAUUAUUCUGCAAAUAGAAAAUGAUGUUUAAAUGGAAAAACAACAACAACAAAAACUUCCAUUGGGUGGAGCCACACUUUAAAUGAAAAUUUCUCUUUGACUAUGCUCAGAAAAAAAAAAUAGAAUUUUGAAUAUAUUUAGCAGUUGCCGUCUAUUUUUAACUAACUCCAUAUGCUGCCAGUAUCGACUUCAUGACAUUUGCCAAAUAAAAUUUUAUUUUUGCCUUUAUAAGAUUUUCUUGGAAAAAAAUGAAUAUUUUGCAAGAAAAAGUUAAUUUAAAAAUGUAAUGGUUUGCAAAAAGAUGUGAUGUACAGAUUAAAAUAUUAACCUGAUAUGUUUCCUGCUUCUUGCAGA